UUUUACUUUAGGCAAGGUACAUUCCUUAAAUUACGAUAUGUUGGAUUUUUUGACGAUAUUCAGCAAGAGUGGAAUUGUUCUCUGGUGUUUCCAAUCUACUGCUGGUUUAUUUAACCCAGCUGUCAAUGCUUUAAUAAAAACGAUCAUUAUACCAAAUAAAAUUACAAACAAACCAUUUGAAUAUGAUAACCUCAAAUUGCAGUAUUUUUUAGAUAAUGAAUUUGAACUUAUAUAUGUGGUGGCAUAUCAAAAGAUUCUUAUACUCAAUUAUCUGGAUAAAUUUUUAGAUGAAUUAAGUUUAAAGUUCCGUGAUAAAUAUAAAAAUGAAUUGAAAGUGGGUCUUAUAUUAAAUGAUUAUGAGUUUAACUCUGAGUUUGAAAUUAUUUUAAAAGUAGUUGAAAAUGAAUAUGGUAUUGAUGGCUCAAAUCAAAAUGUGAUAUCAGGUAGUAAACAAAUGAGAACAUUCCAAGAAUCAGAGAAGUCAAAAAAAACAGUUGAAAGUUUAGUUGAGAAUAAGCAGACAAAAGCAGCUAAAGUUGAAAGAGAGAAAAAAUCUAAUUUAGGAAUUAAAUCUAAAUCAGAGAAUCAGCAAACUGGAUUGGAGUUAAAAGUUAAAACUAAUCAUAGUAUUUGCAAUGGGAUAUCUAAAGCUGAAAAAUAUGACCAAGGCAAAAAGAUAUAUAUCAAUGAAGUUCCUCUAAUUGAAUCAGAAAAUGAUGGGAAUCAUAGUUUAUUUGUUAACCAUAUAAAAAUAUCAAAAAAUAAAGAGUUACUUACAAACAAAAUGACAAAUGAUCCAAUUAAGAAGAAAGGGACUAUUAUUUCUAACAAUAAAGUGAAAAAGAAAGAAGCUAGAAAAUGGGAAAAUGAAGGGACAGAUAAAGACUUACAAUCCCUGGAUUUCAGUUCACCUACUAAUACAUCUAAUGGGUAUAAAUUACCCACUGAUGCUAAAGAUCCCAAUGUCCUAAUGUCAAAUCCAUUUAGUUACGAAAAGUUUGGUGGGAAGGAGGUAAUUGGAUUAAUGAAAGGGGUUUUGAAGGAUGUUAAUAUAUCUUCUCAAAUGGAUUACGAAUCUGAUUAUGAAUUGGAACCUGUCCAAGAGUUGAAUAAUAUCAAUGCCACUAAAAAGAGGGAGAAAAUUGUUCAAGGUGGGAAGUUGACUAAACAAUCGGGUGGUGGUCUAUUUUCAGCCUUCAAGACGUUGAUAGGUUCUUCCAAUAAAAUUAUAGAUAUUUCGGACAUGGAGCCACUGAUGGAAAAAUUGAAACAACAUCUUAUCGCAAAGAACGUUGCUUCUGAGGUUGCAAAUCAACUCUGUGAUUCGGUGGCCCAAAAUUUGAAAGGAAAGUCUUUAGGCACCUUCUCCACACUCAAAUCAACGGUAAAUUUGGCGCUAGAAGAUUCGCUGGUCAAAAUUCUUUCUCCUAACAAACGGAUUGACGUGCUUAGGGACAUUUUGGAGAAUAGGAAAAACAAACUCAAGCCUUAUGUUGUGACAUUUUGUGGCGUGAAUGGCGUAGGAAAAUCCACUAACUUGGCUAAAAUAGCCUUUUGGCUCAUAGAAAACGAUAUGCGGGUUCUUAUAGCAGCAUGCGACACCUUUCGAUCCGGGGCAGUGGAACAGCUCAGAACUCACGCUAGGCAUCUCAACUCGCUUUACCCACCGUCUGUCAAAGAUGAUAAUACAUCUUUCAAGGUACAAUUAUUCGAGAAAGGUUAUGGUAAGGACGCCGCAGGACUGGCUAAUGAAGCAAUUAGUUAUGCUAAAGAAAAUGGAUUUGACGUCGUUUUGGUGGACACGGCCGGCAGAAUGCAGGAUAACGAACCCUUGAUGUGUGCAUUGGCCAAAUUGAUAAAAGUGAAUCGUCCCGAUCUGAUUCUAUUUGUUGGCGAGGCAUUGGUCGGUAACGAAGCUAUAGAUCAAUUAGUUAAGUUUAACAGAUCACUAGCAAAUUUUUCGGACGAUACAGAACCCAGGCUCAUAGAUGGAAUUCUCCUCACCAAAUUUGACACGAUAGAUGAUAAGGUUGGCGCUGCUAUUUCGAUGACUUAUAUAUCUGGGCAGCCAAUCUUAUUUGUGGGUACUGGACAAACUUACACUGACUUGAAAAACCUGGACACAAAAUCAGUUAUCCAUUCCUUGAUGAAAAAUUAAACGCAAAUCUUAAUAUAUUAACAAAUUCUAUUUUAAUAUAUAAAAUCUUUUUAUCUAAUUUAAUUUUUUUUAAUCUAUAAUUUUCUAUAUAAUAAUGAUGAUAACCCUAAUGGAUGACCUUUAUAAGAUUGUAAUUUAUAAAAAAAAUCACUACUGUACAAAUACGGAAUCGAGUAUUUUGCCUAAUAAAGAGAAGAAAUUGAAAACACUUAUAAACACCGGUCAUUUCUAAUUAGAAAAUAUUUUUAGCGAUAUAUUCUUUUAAUUUAUAAUUUAAACAAAUUUUACCCUUGACAUUUCAAUUAUAAAAAUUUAUAUUAAAAAAAAUAAAUAUAUUUUGAUACUACACUCGACACUUAUACUUAUCACGCCU